CCACGAUUGGCACACGACGUGGGCUAGACAUGGAGUCAACGCAACCAGCACUCUCUGUUCGACUGAACAACAUAGACUACUAUCUAGCACCCCCUGGACCACUUGACAAUUCCACUUUACCCCGUGUACCAGUCAUUCGUGUCUUCGGUAAUGGGAACGUUGGCCAGAAGACCUGCGUGCACAUACACCAAGUGUAUCCGUAUUUCUUCGUCGAAUACCUCGGAAGGAUGGAACCUGAACAUGUAAAUCGAUAUAUCGCUCGACUAUCUCGUUCCUUGAAUCAUGCAAUUGCAGUCUCUAUGAAACGAAACCCUCAGUCCCAGAAAUCCCAGUUCGUUCGUGCUGUGACUAUAGUCAAAGGCGUGCACUUCUACGGCUUUCACUCGUCCUAUUCCCCUUUCUUGAAGGUUCAUAUCGCCGACCCAGCCGUGGUCAACCGAGCAACCACCAUCCUGCGAUCGGGAACGGUCAUGCGAACAUCUUUCCGCAUCUUUGAAAGCCACCUGAACUAUGUCCUGCAGUUUAUGUCUGAUUUCGGACUUUACGGUUGCGGUGUGCUGGACCUGGGUGAAGUUUGGCAGCGCGGACAAGACGACGAGACACUGAAGGACGACGUGGUGGAACAAACGGCGGCGUUCAUGCCAUCUCCGUAUUUUCGGCAAUCUCGGAUGCCUCUCGAAGUUGACGUCGCAGCGUAUCAGAUCCUGAACAGGCAGUUGCUCUCGGCGAGAAACAUACACCACCGUCUAGACAUUCCUGAGCCACAAAUGUCCGAAGAACCUCUCGUGCUGAGCGUUCGUGAACUGUGGGAAGACGAACGACGAAGACGAAUAUCAAGAGGUGUACACCCCUCUCCAGAAAUCCCUGUUGAUCCUAGCGAGCGCUCGAGGGGAUCAGGAGGAGGGUGGGUCGCGGAAGCCAGAUGGUGGGAUGAACUGAAGAAACGAAUCGAACGCGAGAGGGGUGAUGAGCUGAAGCUGGAAGCUGGAGACUGGGAGAGGUGGGUAAUGACGACGUUCGAAAGUGUCGAGGCAUUGUGGGAGAAGCCGUAUAAAAGGUGGAGGCCCAUACACCCGAUGAAGGAAGGCGAGGGGGUCGGUGCCUCCACGACAAUCACAGAAGAAAAUCCGUAUGAAUCAGCGAGCGGGUCGACGGAUUCCGGAGCUCAUGAAGCCGGACAUCAAGGCGCGAGCCAUCACAAUGAGGUAGAUGAAGAGAUGCUGAGGAACCAGGACAUGGAUCAGUUCGACGAACAGCAUCCAGCUGCUGCGAUGUAUGACCCCCAAGUGGACGCACAGUCCGCGUCCGAAUCAGAGGAGGACGACGCUUUCAUUGAAGAAGAUGAACCUUUCUUAGCGGAAGAGGGGUCUCUACCUGACACGGCAUCCGGUCAGAUCGGCUUUGCGGAGGCGGACGUCCCUGUUCUCGGAGAUCGUCCGAAUACACCUUCGCUAUCGGAACGUAUGUUAAAGGAAGGAACAAGCUUGACGUUCGCAACUUUUCAAGAGGCGUUUCACAGGCUGACACGACCUCGGCAAGCACCCCGUCCUCUUACUAAUGACCCAAGAUCCGGUGCUAUCAGCAAUUCCGACCGGGUCUCAUCACGGGAGUCGUCAAGAUCAGAAACCGAACCUUUGAUAGUUAGGGAUUGGUUGACGGUGCCCCCAAUAAACAUUUCAGAACUGUCCCAUCUGAAUGAACAAAUGCAAGACAUACCCAACCUGGCAGAUUCCAGAAAUCCGGACGAAGAAGAUAUGAUACUUAGCACGGAUAUCUAUGGCGAUUCCAUAUCGACUAAAUCGCUACUAAUCGAACCACGACCAGACCAUAUACAUAGAUCGGAUCGUGAUAACCCUCGUGAAUCAGGCAGGGAACUAUCUUCAUUUUCGCACCUGCCAUUUGGCUCCACAGCAUCCUCGAAAGGCUCGAAGGACAUUCCUGGACUACAUCCCUACCCCACGGUGCCCGAACAGAAGACGCCUUCCUCUGGUACGGAAAGUGAAGAUGACUACAUUCCGGGCCUGGGAUUGACUUCAAUCAACCUGAAACGGAAGUUCGAAGAAAGCAGGUCUAAUGCCUCUGAGCAUCCGGAAGGCGUAGCUCCGGGGCCAGCCAUCAAGAAGCAAAAGUUCAAUCAUAGUCCUUUGCACUCACAACAGAGGGAAGACGCCGUAUCAUCUGACUAUUUGCCGCCGUCAUCGUCCAUCCAUAAUCCGUUCUACGGUGAAACGAAACACAUGAAGGAGUUGAAUAUGCCACACAACCUCACACAAGGAAGCCAUGCGACUCCUCCGGUCCUUUCGGGGCGAAUAGCUCGUCAGCGGCGUUACAUGUACGCCCCGAAACCACCUUCGGCAAGCGUCCUGCUGUCAAGCAUGGCGGAUUGUGGAAUACCAAGCAAGCUGUAUCAGCCCCCUUGGUAUUCCCGAGAAGACGACGCAUCGGACAUGGCACAGGAAUUCGCGGGCUUGAUGUUCCAUGUCAAAGGCGGGCACGGCAUAGGAACAUUGGACGAAUGGCAAUACUCUAGCACCCCUCGCUUGCCUCUUGAAUCUGGUAUCAGCGUCUUCGGGCUAGCCUACGCUCAAGGUUGGGAAUAUGCCGGUGUUCCGCCCAGCGUGAAGGAGACCAGAAGAUGGCUAACGAAACAUCCGCCGACUGCUCCACGGCAUUCCCGUUAUUCCAGGGCUCGAACACAGAGGAACGGAGGAGCUAUCACCCAAGUCAAUACCUAUGGCCUGAAAUCUACGCAUGACCCCAAGCUUAAGACAAUUGUCAUGCCCCAAAGUGACGCCCUCACCGUCUUGUCCCUGGAGGUGUUCGCUCCAUCCCGCGGCGAUCUCCUGCCAGAACCAGAAACGGACGGUAUUGCUGCCGUUGCAUGGGCUUUUCAGGACACUAUCAACGCACAACCUGACGAAGGGUUUUCUUGUCGACGUGGGUUGAUCGUCCUUGCAAGUGAUCCUAUCCAACAAGACAGACUGAGAGACCAUCCUGUGGAGGUGGCUCAAGAUGAGCUAGACUUGAUCAAUCGCACUAUAGAUCUGGUCCUGGGCAUGGAUCCUGACAUUGUCGCUGGUUACGAAGUCCAGUCUUCCUCUUGGGGGUAUCUCAGCUGUCGAGCUGAUUCAGCUUUCGGGCUUGAUAUUGGUGAACAGAUAUCGCGGGCACCUCCAGGGACGAGAAAUCCCGGAGGGAAUCUGCAAUGGUCAAUUCGUACUACUGCUUCCUUUGAGGUAGUUGGGCGUCAUGUGUUCAACAUAUGGCGACUCAUGCGCUCAGAGCAAACAUUGCUCAAUUAUUCCUUUGAGAACCUUGUUUUCACCGUGUUGCACAAAAGGACACCGAAGUAUCGUAACUCAACUCUGACGGAAUGGUACCGCAGCGCAGUCCCCGGACAUAAUUCGCGCCUGCUACGAUAUCUCUCCGACCGUGCGGCUUUAAAUCUUCAGCUCCUUGACGCCACAGAGGUAGUCACCAAGACUGCAGAAUUUGCACGUGUGCAUGGAGUCGAGUUCUAUUCAGUGAUCAGUCGCGGGUCGCAGUAUAAAGUCGAAUCCUUCGUCUCGCGGAUCGCAAAACCAGAAAGUUACGUGAUGUUGUCUCCUAGCAAAGAAGAUGUUGGGCGACAAAACGCGGCAGAAGCAAUGCCCCUCGUCAUGGAACCAUUGUCUUCUUUUUACACAUCUCCAGUACUUGUCCUGGACUUCCAGAGCCUAUACCCUUCCGUCAUGAUAGCUUACAAUUUUUCAUAUGAUACUUGCCUCGGUCGCUCUGUACCAUUCAAAGGACAAAAUAAAUUCGGGGUUACGGAUCUGCAAUUACCACCGGGGUUGCUAGAAAGGCUGAAAGACGACGUUAAUGUGGCGCCUAAUGGGAUGAUCUAUGUAAAGCAGCACGUGCGGAAAGGUUUGCUUGGUCGAAUGCUGGCGGAGCUCCUCAACACUCGUGUCAUGGUCAAGCAGGCCAUGAAGGGCGUGAAAUCUGACAAAGCGCUGACACGGAUUCUGAAUGCGCGUCAAUUGGGCCUCAAAUUUAUAGCUAAUGUUACGUAUGGCUACACUUCUGCAACUUACUCUGGUCGAAUGCCCGCGGUGGAGAUCGCGGACAGCAUCGUACAAUCAGGAAGGGAGACGCUCGAAAAGGCAAUUCAUCUAAUUGACUCAGAGCCAAAAUGGGGUGCAAAGGUCGUUUAUGGCGACACGGACUCCUUGUUCAUUCUCCUUCGAGGAAAGACAAAGGAUCAGGCUUUCAGGAUCGGCGAGGACAUCGCCUCGACGGUGACAGCGUUGAACCCUGCUCCGAUAAAACUGAAGUUUGAGAAGGUGUACCUUCCAUGUGUUUUAAUGGCCAAGAAACGGUAUGUUGGUUUCAAGUAUGAACAUCCCGACGAACAAGCGCCUGUAUUCGACGCCAAAGGCAUCGAAACGGUCCGGCGCGACGGAAUCCCAGCCCAGCAACAGAUGGUCGAGACCUGCUUGAAACUUCUGUUCCGCACGCAGGAUCUCAGUCUGGUCAAGGAUUACUGCUAUGAUGUUUGGAAUAAACUUCUGGACGGUCGCGCCUCCAUACAAGACUAUAUAUUCUCUAAGGAAGUCAAGCUAGGAACUUAUAGUGAUAAGGCUCCUCCACCUCCUGGAGUUGCUGUUGCUGCAAAGCGUAUGUUGAAGGAUCGUAACGACGAACCUCAGUACGGAGAGCGAGUUCCAUACGUGAUUGUCCGAGGUGAUCCGUACGCGAGGCUUGUUGAUAGAGCCGUUCAGCCGGAAGAAGCCCUGUACGAUCGGACGAAGCAGCUAGAUGCCGCUUAUUACAUCUCGCAUGUACUCAUACCGCCUCUGGACAGGAUCUUCAGUCUCGUCGGAGCCGAUGUACACUCGUGGUACGACGAGAUGCCCAAAACAGUCCGAUCAGAACUUGCGGAACCCACCUUCGCGUCGCCGAGGAAGGCUGCGCCUGAUAUGUCACUGCUUCUGAACCGGAUUAAGAUUGAUGCGCACUUUCACAACUCUCAAUGCCUGAUUUGCGAGGCACCUGCGCCAGAAGGUAUUUGUGACGAUUGUCGGACGGACCCACAGGCGACACUUUCGGAUCUUUUCUCCAACAUCCGCGAUGCUGAGGAUCGUCUUUCCACGGUCCAGACCGUGUGCGGAACAUGCGCAGCGUUUGCUCCUGCGGAGCCAAAUCGAUGCGAAUCCUUGGAUUGUCCCUGGCUGUAUGAGCGUGUGAAGGCAGAAGAACGGACAGAGAACAUUGCGUUGCUCGAAGAGCUUGUUAUCGAGAUAGAUGCUGCCAGAUCCGACUCGGAGUCUCCAGUAUUCGACAGCGACUAGGCGAUGCACAAUGGCAAUGCACGUUACAGCACUCAUUCUAAACAUCCCAUAGCGGGUUAUACGGCCUUCCAUGCCGUACCGAGUUGCCAGACAGUGCUUCGUGUAUGACCCAGUCGCCAUUGAAGGGUUGGAGCUACGCCGGACAGCUAUGGCAAGAUCGUCGCCGUUCCGGCGGUUGAUCUCGGGUUCGGGGCUCUG